GGUCUGAAUGUGCGUAUGGACCGUCUGUCAGUCAGUGGCAACAGACCAGACUCAGCUGGGACAUUACCUCCACCCAGUCCCUUGCUAGAAGCAUAUCGAGGAACCUAUCAAUCCGUAUCUCCCAUGAUAGCACCAAUGAGAUUAUCUUCAGACAGUGAUCUCGACAAGUUAUCCUCACUCUCACCCGGUCCAUCCUCCGACAGCAAACACCACAGACGCUCCAGAAGCAGCACCUCCAAAAUCGACUUCUCCAGCGCAGAACCCAAAAAGCGAGCCAGACUCUACGACGCAGAAAAAGACGCUCUAGCCCUCAACGAAGCAAUCUCGCACCACAGAAUCGACGUCGACACAAUCUGCACAAUCCUUCCCAAACUAACCCACGACCAAAUUCUCGAACUGCGAAAGGAGUACAAGAAACAUGUCAAAGUUCAAGGCAGAGGCAUCAACAUUGCCAAACACAUGAAACUCAAACUCUCCGGCAACUUUGGAAAAGCAGUUUAUGUGUGUGCGUUGGGAAGAUAUGAGAGCGAAGGCUAUUGGGCAAAUUUUUGGUAUCAGUCCCACAGCAGUAGACGCGAGUUACUGAUUGAAAGCUUGAUGGGACGCAGUAAUGCCGAAAUACGACAAAUCACAGAGUCCUUCAAGGAUAAACGGUACAAUGAUGAUUUGAUCCGGUGUAUGGAAAAGGAACUUAAGCCAAAUAAGUUCAGUGUUGCCGUCUUGACUGCACUGGAAGCUAGGAGACAAGAGGAAAAUGAGGUGUACCCGAGGCAAUAUGUUGACAAGGAUGUGGAUGUGUUGAACAGGUGCUUGAUAGCCAAGGAAGGCGGAGAAAGCACCAUGUUGGAGAUUGUGGUUAGAAGGAGCGAUGCACACUUGCGAGAGGUGUUGAAGGCAUAUGAACGUCGUUUCGGUGUCAAUUUCGCGAGGGAGGCAUUGAAGAAGAGCAAUAAUCUUGUGGGAGAAGUAAGCACCCACGUCCUCAACGGAGCAAUCAACCGCCCAGCACGAGACGCCCUCCUCCUGCACCACGCCAUCUCCGACAUUAGCACCCACAACCACACCGAAGAACUCCGCUACGAACUCCUCAUCUCCAGACUCAUCCGCGUGCACUGGGACCAAGCACAUUUAGCUCGUGUCAAGCGCGAAUAUGUCGAGAAGUAUCACAAGGAACUCGACCAAGCUGUUGAGGAUGCCACAAAAGGUGACUUCAGAGAGUUCAUGUUUGAGAUUUGUAAG